CGCGUUCCGUAAUUAAUCGCGUAUUUUACCCGUUAAAAGUGCACAAUGAGUUCAAAUUUUUAUCGGGAGUGUCGACCAAAGUGACGGGCAAUUACCGGAAAGUAUCAUUUAUCGCAGAUGUUUGCGAUUAGUAGCGGCUCGGCUCUCGCUGUCAUGGACUAAAAUCUGUAUACCCGGUGUGAAUUCAGUGAGUGGAAUUUUCGAUAAAAUUAAUAUGGUCGCUCGAGAGAACCGAAAUAGAAUUCGCACGUAUUUUUCAUUAGAAGUAGCAUGUAAUCUUACUGUACCAUCAAGGUAAUUAUUACUCGUCUCGUCCGUUUGGAGUGGCGUGGUGUUUAUGUUUACAGUGCCGAAGAGAUCGUCGGACGCGUACAACACAAAUAUCGUGCGAAAUAAAGUAUAUUUUAUUUUGUGUUUAUGUUUCGUGGUGUGGCAAAUUCGCGACGUGUAUUCGUGAUUUUCGAAAAUAAGAUGCGUAUUAAUUUUUGUUCCGUGGUGUAUAUAUCUAAAAGUGUGAUGUGAUUUUCGACAUUCAUCGAUUCUUCGAUGGAGCUGAUUCGGUGCGAUCAUGACAUAAUCUGCAACGAAUGGAGCAAAAUGCAAUACUCUUGUUGAUCAACUUCCGAUACUGCAGGUUCAAUUCGCAUCAUUAUGAUAAAGCAGUUGCAUCGAUUUCUUCGCCAAGGAGCGCGAUGACUGCCAGAAAUUCUUCGAGACGACGUUCAAUUGAAGGAAGAUGAACGAGAUGGAGCAGAUUCCUGAGGGCUGAAUCCGCGUGGAUCCUCGAGAUGACCGAUUGGAGAAUGCAGCCGACCGUUUCGGUGCUCGGCGUCAUCGCCAUUAUCUCCGUUAUGAUCACUCUUACUGCAUCAGAAGCGGAGAGCGGCGCCAUCGAACGUGGCAUCAAUCAUCUCGAUGAGGAGGAUCGGCGCAUCGAUGAGAGAGUCGCGAAGAAUCACACCGUGGAAACCGCUGGCUGGUCUCGCGGCAACGACACGGCGGCUCUCGAGGAAAUCACUCCCGCCUUCGCGACUGAGUACACAAGCUCGACGAAGGAUUCGUCCUCCGCGCUCGUUAUUGCGGCGGUGGAAGCUCAUUCCGAGAACGCGUCGAGGAAAUACGUGGACGAUCAGGCGAUAUUCGCUUCGAAGAAGAUCGAGGAGUCGGAGCAGGCGGAGGAGGCGAUGCUGGAGCACGAAGACGCUCGAACGGCUGCGAACGAGUCCGCAAUAGAGAAGCCGCGGGACGACUGGCCGACAGUGAUGUCGGUGGAGAAAGUGGAAGACGUGACGGAGGCGAGAUACAGCGAUCAGAGGAACGUGGAGGAUAUCAAGGCGAUUUCGUUCCAAGUUCCGCCGCCGCCGCCGGACGAAAGGGAAGAGGACUAUCAGGACAGCCGGCAGCAGGGGUGGACCGGCGUCGGUCGGACGAACGAAACGAGGAAGCUGGGCGAGGGCAAGAAGGAUCAGUCGAGACCGACGAACAAUCUGCUGACCGGCAAGUCGACGAAGGCCUUCUACGAGAUAAAACCGUCGAUCCGAACGCUCGAGACGGAACGCGGUCGCGAACAUCAGCUCCAGGCGACCACUCACCGAACGCUGGCCGGCAGGAAGUUCGUCCUGCCCAGCGUGGACAGCGCCUUCGGGAAAUUCGGUCCGUACUUCGAGGACGGCGAUCGGGAGACGAACGUGAGCGCGAGGAUCGGCAGCGUCGUUUUGCUGGACUGCAAAAUCGGCAUGCUGGGCAAUAGACAGGUGACGUGGUUGCUGCACGGCAAAGACUCCUUUCGUCUGCUGACAGUCGGCAAAACGCCGUACAGCAACGACCAAAGAAUCAGUCUUAAAUUUCGAUAUCCCAGCAAUUGGAGACUACAGAUUCUAUACGCGAAUCCGCGCGAUUCGGGAUUGUAUCAGUGCCAAGUCGCCACGCAUCCGCCGCUGGUUAAGAAAAUCAACGUCGUCAUUACGGCGCCAACUCUGACGAUCAGCGACGAUUCCGGACGUAUAGUUUCCAAGGAGAGGCAUCUGAAGGCUGGCAGUAUCCUCAGGCUCAGGUGCGAGGCGAGAGACGUGCUCGAAUCGCUGAACGAGUCUGUCGUUUGGACUAGGGGAGAUGAGACGCUCGCCGAAGAUGUUAGCGAGAACAGAACGACGGAGAUCUCGGCGGGCAAGGAGAUCCUCGUGAUUGUCAGUACCCUCAUCGUGGAGAGAGCCAGUCCCAGGCACGCCGGGAACUAUAGCUGCAUGGUCCCCGGCAAAGCCAAGACCACCAUCGCGGUCCACGUUCUCAACGGUGAACUGCCAGCCGCCGUGCAUGACGGCAACGGAGUUUCGAGAGCGUUUCUUAAUCUUUGGCUGGUUCACCUCACGAUGAGCUACGUCUUCACCAGAUGACAGUACUAAGAUCACUUUAGUAGCUCUACCGAUCUGGAUGCAGUUUCACAACGCAGGACAGCAAAAAAGACGCAGACAGACAGGUGCACGUGCAACAGCUGCAACAAUGCAGCUUGGUGCGAUGAUGCAGGGGAUUGUAUGAUCAUCACUUCGAUGGAUGGCGAUCCGCAUCGCGCAAUCCAAUCCCGUCUCGAGAUCGAACAGUGUCGUACUAUACGACGCCUCGUGUCGCGAAGUUUCCGGUGCGCGUUUCCGCACGAAUAUGAAAUUUCGAACAGCUCGAAAAUCCAAAGCGUCGAUAUCGAAAACCGAAAUCGUAGUGACAAUUCCAAUAGGAAUUGGAAUAGUGAGUAAAAUGGAAGACAGCAACAACCCUCAACGAUCUCGAAGAGAGAUGAUGGAUAAAAGAUUUUUAAUCGAGACAAGAAAUUAACUAAAGUGGGCCACUAGUGUACAGUUUGUUAAUUUACUUUUGUUGAGAUAAAUCGUGAAAAUGUCCCCGUGAAGACUUCAACAUUCUUUGCUCAUUGCCGUUCUGAUGGUGAGAAAAAUUUGUGUCGAUAAGACGAAAUAGAUACUGUGAUGGCAAAGCCAACGACGGGUUGCAGAAUCCGAUCCGUCAGACCUUCAUCCACAGUAAGGGAAUGCUUUUCUCUCGAUAAAAAUUUUUAUUUUUAUGGAAGCUACGAUAUAAAGCACACGUAUGAGCAAAAUGAGAAUUUCUUGACAAUAUUUUUCGUGAGUGUGAAGCAAACGCAGCUGCUAAUAUCGCGAAAGUGUAAUAAUAAUGAUUUAUUGCAAAUUUAAUUAUUGUAAAAUACAAUAUCAAAGUACCUUUGAUAAAAGUUGUGGUAAAUAUUAGUGAUGUAAAUUUUCUAAAACGUUUUUAAUAUUUGUGUAGUGUAUAUCAAAUUUUAAUAGGCCAUUUAAUUUGUAAAUUUUAAUUAUUCUGACUUACCACAAUUAAUUUAAAGUACUUCAAAUAUUUAGACAUAUUUUCUUCCCUCAAAAAAAUAUUCACUAAUAUUCUUUAUUACAUCAUUAGUUUUUAUUGUAAGCGUCAUGAAAAAAAGACUCGACAAAAUAGGAUGAUGUUGAGUAUUAGUAAAUAUUGUGACAGGGAAUUCAUCACAGGAAACUUGCCAUUGCAGGCAGAGAUUCCACACAGCGAAGCACGGAUAGUAAACAAUUAACAGCGAAUAAUUACCAUUUCCUACUGAUCAAAGCAUAUCGUCCGAUUCGCUUCGAACGAUCAGAUUAUCAUGUUUUAAUCACUUGUAAAUUCUCGAAAACGAACAGAAAAUCAGAUCUAUUCUAAUAGGCACGAAAUAUUGGAAUAUUUUUGGAAACACCAAACAUAAAAAUUUCUGUAUUAAAUUUUUCAUUACACACAUUAUGCGAUUUAUAGAUUUUGUAGAGUAUUUUUCUCCAGAUGUGUAUUAAUCGUAGUGCAUGAAAUGAUUGGUCUUUUACUAAUUUUUAUG